AUGCAGAGGACCCUGCCUUCCAAAGUGGCAGAGGACCCUGCCCUCCCACAAUGCGCAGAGGACCCUGCUCCCACAAAGCGCAGAGGUCCCUGCUUCCAGCGCAGAGGUCCCUGCCUUCCACAAAGCGCAGAGGACCCUGCCUUCCACAAAGCGCAGAGGACCCUGCCUUCCACAAAGCACAGAGGACCCUUCCUUCCACAAAGUGCAGAGGACCCUGCCUUCCACAAAGCGCAGAGGACCCUGCCUUCCACAAAGGGCAGAAGACCCUGCCUUCCUCUAAUGGCAGAGGACCCUGCCUUCCACAAAGGGCAGAAGACCCUGCCUUCCUCUAAUGGCAGAGGACCCAGCCUUCCACAAAUCGCAGAGCACCCUGCCUUCCACAAAGCCCAGAGGACCCUGCCUUCCACAAAUCGCAGAGCACCCUGCCUUCCACAAAGCGCAGAGGACCCUGCCUUCCACAAAGCGCAGAGGACCCUGCCUUCCACAAAGCGCAGAGGACCCUGCCUUCCACAAAUCGCAGAGCACCCUGCCUUCUACAAAGGGCAGAGGACCCUGCCUUCCACAAAGCGCAGAGGACCGUGCCUUCCACAAAGCACAGAGGGCCCUGCCUUCCACAAAGGGCAGAGGACCCUGCCUUCCACAAAGGGCAAAGGACCCAGCCUUCCACAAAGGGCAGAGGACCCUGCUUUCCACAAAGCGCAGAUGACACUGCCUUCCAAAAAGCGCAGAGGAUCCUACCUUCCACAAAUCGCAGAGCACCCUGCCUUCUACAAAGGGCAGAGGACCCUGCCUUCCACAAAGCGCAGAGGACCGUGCCUUCCACAAAGCACAGAGGGCCCUGCCUUCCACAAAGGGCAGAGGACCCUGCCUUCCACAAAGGGCAAAGGACCCUGCCUUCCACAAAGGGCAGAGGACCCUGCUUUCCACAAAGCGCAGAUGACACUGCCUUCCAAAAAGCGCAGAGGAUCCUGCCUUCCACAAAGGGCAGAGGACCCUGCCUUCCACAAAGGGCAGAGGACUCUGCCUUCCACAAAGCGCAGAGGACCCUGCCUCCACAAAGCGCAGAGGACCCUGCCUUCCACAAAGCGCAGAGGACCCUGCCUUCCACAGAGGGCAGUGGACCCUGCCUUCCACAAAGUGCAGAGGUCCCUGCCUUCCACAAAGGGCAGAGGACCCUGCCUUCCACAAAGUGCAGACGACCCUGCCUCCCACAAAGCGCAGAGGACCCUGCCUUCCACAAAGCGCAGAGGACCCUGCCUUCCACUAAGUGCAGAGGACCCUGCCUUCCACAAAGUGCAGAGGACCUGCCUUCCACAAAGUGCAGAGGACCCUGCCUUCCCACAAACUGCGCCAGAGGACCCUGCCUUCCAAAAUGCAGCAGCACAAAAAAGAGGAGGACCCUGCUCCCACAAAUGCGCAGAGGACCCUGCCUCCACAAACAAAGCGCAGAGGACCCAAUGCCUUCCACAAAGCAGCAGAGGACCCUGCCUUCCACAAAGCGCAGAGGGACCCUGCCUUCCCCCACAAAUGCACAGAGGACCCGUUCCUUCCACAAAGUGCAGAGGAACCCUGCCUUCCACUUAA